GAGAGAGAGAGGGAGGGAGAGAGAGGGUAAAAAGCUUGCCACUUAUUUCUGUAUAGAGAGAGAGAGAGAGAGAGAGAAGGGACAAAAGGGUUCAGCUUUUAGACGGUGAAAGUGAGAUCUUUUUAGCACUCAUCCAUAUAGUCGCAGAAGAAAGAGAGAGAAAAGACUUACUGGUCACGCCAUUAGAGUGUGUAAGGAGGCAACCAGAGAGACCCAGAUGGAAGAAGAAAUAGCUUAGGUAGAGCCUGCAGAUUAGGGUUUUUGAUAUUUCAGACCGAAUCUCACUUCUUCACUGAGUUUCACACUGCUUUUUGUGUGUUCCGGAGCUAGAAACGGCGUCGUCGUGGUGGACCUCCUCUGUGAGAGAGAAGGGGGGAGACAUGUUGGGGUACGAAUGGGGGAACCCUACUCCGUCGACUAUAGUGCUCGCCGGAAACGAAGAAGCUGCCGUUACCACUGCUGCAGACUCCGACCAGACCCACCGGCAAAUCUUUGACCAUUACGCUUCUCAUUCCUUAUUGCCGGAACAUCUCCUUCAUCAGCAGCACCAGCACCAGCCAGGGCCCACACAACACGCCACCGCAAGCUCCACCGCGGAUUUCUCUCACUACCAGUUCAACCCUCAAACCAACCACCACCACCACCACCACCAGCAUAACAUCCAGCACUCGUUCUUCGAUCCACGCGCCUACCCCGGCGCGUCCUCAUCCUCCUACCCUCCGCCUCAGCCUCCGCCUCCUUCCAUGCUCUCUCUUGACCCGCUUCCAGCCGUCAACGCCGCCCACUGUGGGCCAGGUGGGUUUCUGGUCGUUCCCAAGUCCGAGGACGUGGGUCGAUCCACUGACUUUCCGGCGUCCAGAAUUGGGCUCAACCUCGGUGGCCGCACGUACUUCUCAUCGUCGGAGGAUGACUUCAUGAGCCGGCUCUACCGCAGGUCAAGGCCGGCCGAACCGGGGUCAAUGAUGAUGGCAUCGAACUCUCCACGGUGCCAAGCGGAAGGCUGCAAUGCCGAUCUAUCACACGCCAAGCACUACCACCGCCGUCACAAGGUGUGCGAGUUUCACUCCAAGGCGGCCACCGUCAUCGCCGCCGGCUUGACCCAGCGAUUCUGCCAACAGUGCAGCAGGUUCCAUCUUCUUUCUGAGUUUGACAAUGGAAAACGAAGCUGCAGGAAGAGACUUGCAGAUCAUAAUCGUCGCAGAAGAAAAACCCAGCAGCCAAAUCAAGAAAUCCUGAAAACCCAGAUCGAAAAUUCUCGAAAUUCUACUUUGGAAGUUGUUUCAAGAUCUCCACCGGACUCCGGAGCUCAGGGGAUGUCAUCAGUGACGGUGGCAGUGUCGCCGCCGGACUAUUUCCGGCAAACGGCGUAUCAGAAUCAGAGGACAAGUCCAUCGACAACAUCAAGCUCACUGUUCUUCUCUAGCGGGUAGUGAAAAUGAAAGUGGGAGCAAUUUGCAUGGCUUUAAUUAUAUAUAUAUAUAUAUAUAUAUAUAAAUAAUAUUAUAUACCUUAGGAAAUUAAUGGAGGAGGAUCAAUAAUAACACUGUGAACUUCCACUAUGUAACUAUAAUUUUCUCCCCAGAAAUUUAAUUCUUAAGUUAAAUGUGUUUAAUUUCUUUAGUUCGG